AGGAGCAGGAGGAGGGAGGAAGAGGCGGAGCGGCAGCGGGAAGCUGGAAGAGAGGAGGAGAGGCGGGAUCACGCGGCUCCAGCGCUCGCUGAACUCGCAGCCCCCCGGGACCAUCGCCCCCCAUCCCGCAGACCAGGAUUUCCCAUUCCCAAACCUUGGUCAGAUAUAGGAGGAGGCUGAGAGGAAGAGGAAGAUGCCCCGUGACCCCCAGGCAGACAAGGAGCUGAGGACGGAGCCCAGGGAGGACAAAUCCCCGCAGCAGAACCUGGUGGAAGAGGCUGUUUUGAGUGGCUCCACGGCACAGGAAUCCAACGGGGAGGAAAAAGCGCGGAGACCCCGCAGGAGGAGGGGCUGCAAACGCAGCCCAGGGUGCUCUGAGGAGGACAGACCAACCCUGUGCCGGGAAGGCGGCCAGAGAUUGAGCCGGAGCUCAGACCUGGUGGUCCAUGAGCAGCUUCACAGUGGGGAGAAGCCCUACAAGUGUGGGGAAUGUCGGAAGAGCUUCAGCCGGAGCUCCCACCUGAUCCGCCACCAGAGGGUCCACACUGGGGAACGGCCCUAUGAGUGUGGGGAAUGCCGGAAGAGCUUCAGCACGAGCUCCCACUUGAUCCGCCACCAGAGGGUCCACACUGGGGAACGGCCCUACGAGUGUGGGGAAUGUGGGAAGAGCUUCAGCCAGAGCUCCAGCCUCAUCUGCCACCAGAUGAUCCACACUGGGGAACGGCCCUAUGAGUGUGGGGAAUGUGGGAAGAGCUUCAGAGACAUCUCCAUCCUGCUCCGCCACCAGAGGAUCCACACUGGGGAACGGCCCUAUGAGUGUGGGGAAUGUGGGAAGAGCUUCAGAGACAUCUUCACCCUGCUCUGCCACCAGAGGAUCCACACUGGGGAACGGCCCUAUGAGUGUGGGGAAUGUGGGAAGAGCUUCAGCCAGAGCUCCACCCUGCUCCGCCACCAGAGGAUCCAUACUGGGGAACGGCCCUAUGAGUGUGGGGAAUGUGGGAAGAGCUUCAGCCAGAGCUCUGUCCUGCUCCGCCACCAGAGGAUCCACACGCGAGAGAGGCCCUACAAGUGUGAUGAAUGCCAGAAGAGCUUCAGCACGAGCUCCACCCUCCUCCAGCACCAGAUGAUCCACACGGGGGAACGGCCCUAUGAGUGUGGGGAAUGUGGGAAGAGCUUCAGCACAAGCUCCAGCCUGAUCGUCCACCAGCGCAUCCACACGGGAGAGAGGCCCUAUGAGUGUUCCGAGUGUGGGAAGAGGUUUCAGACCAGCUCCAAUCUCCUCCGGCACCAGCGGAUUCACACAGAGGAGAGGCCCUUCCGCUGCCCCGACUGCAGGAAGGGCUUCAGGCACAACUCCACCCUUGUCAGGCACCGGCGCAUCCACACCGGGGAGAGACCCUACGAGUGUCCCCAGUGUGGGAAGAGCUUCUCCAGCAGCUCGCAGUUGACCAGACACCAACGGAGGCACCGGUAAGGGAAGCCCUGUGAGUGCCCCAAGUGCAGGAAGAGCUUCAUCCUCUACUCCAACUUCAUCCCCCAGUGGGGGACCCACAUUUGGCAGAGCCUUGGUGACCCACAUUCCCCGUGAUCCAGUUUGGGAAGAGCCCUGGCUGGUGCUCUCCACGUCCUCCUGGAUCCCCAUAGGCACCUGAGUGAACGUAGGGGCUGGAACAUCCAUCGGGACUCUGAUUGAAAUCGGAAAUUCAUUGGGAAGAGCUGAUUUGUUGAGUUUACGGCCCAAAAAUUCUCACCUGCUCUGUCCAGUUGUUUCUUCUGGUGGCAUCCAGCAAUCCUGGAUGAUCUUGGAGGUCUUUUUCAACCUAAAUAGUUUCCUGCUUCAUCCUGUCAAAACAACCAAAAUUGGGGUUGAAAUAAAGGAAUUCAACAAAGGGCUUGCGGGUGUCUGUCCCAGUCCCUGGCCUGGGUCUCCCCGUUUGGGGUGUGCCCCCCAAAGUGCCCAAAUCGCUGCUGAAGUGCCUGAGCUGCUCCCGGCUGGGGAUGUUCCUGUCCACCAAGCUCUCCUGGUCAGUGCCAUGGGGGGCUGGG